CAGGCAGCAGAGGGCGCACUUGCCCGCCCACUUUGAAUACUUAAAAAAUUGUCCCAGAAAAUAGUUGGAAUACUUAACUUCUGAGCCAAACCACAGAAUUCAGUUAACGAACGAAACGAAAAGCAAGCGGACACCGCCUCGAUCCAAGCGAAACAUAACAAAAUAAAAGCCCCUGGCCAGUUGGCUUUUUGUUAUAAGAAUCAUUAUCGCAAGUUUAUCAGAAAAUAUAGUAAACGGGUGGCAAACCUAUUUGUCCGGCUCGAUCGUUCAGUUGGCCAACAGACGUCGCGUACUGCAAAAGCGCACUCAACCCGAUCGAUUUGAGUCCCGCAUCCGGGGCGUGAGAAUAUCAAGCAAUCGAAACCACCCCUUACGUCCAACAGUCACGGCAAAAUGUAUUCAGCACCAGCGGCGAAAAUCAAGCACUUUUGCUCCCUCAGAACAGUCGCAGUUUGGGCCGGAAUUCUCGGAGUGGCUCAGUCUAUCAUCUGGAUAGGAUUGACCAUAACAGCGAUAUGUGCCUUCAAUUGUGUCCUGUAUAUUACAAAUGAACUCACCUAUGGCUCCAUGGUGAAGACUGUAUUCUUUGACGUGUACUUCAAGGGCAGUUGCAAGAUGAAUCCCAACGAUUACCAGAACUACGACCAAACUAUCCUGAAUACAGUGAACACCGUUUUUGAUCCAACCCAGAUUUUGAUUUGGUCUUCGGUCUACCUGGGCGUUUCGGUUUGCUGGCUCAUCGUCUCCGUUGUGCUGCUUCUGUGUGUGCGCAAGGAUAAACCAAAGCAGACCGUGACUGCCAUCUACAUCUGGGCCUUCUUCGUGGCCGCCAUAUGCAGCAUGGAUGUAGCUUCCGGAGUGAUCUUCGGCGUGGAUUUCGGACGUUUCCACCAUGAGGCGCUGAAAUAUAAUGCCAACAGUAUCAAUGAAGGUGUCAUUUAUCCCUUAGCUGCUACUUUAAUCGCAGGAGGAGUGGCUGCCAUUUCCAUGAUGAUCAUCUCCUUCAAGGGAUUUGUUCUGUGGCUCGUUAACUUUAAACUGCUCGUAUACCUCGUGGUGAGAGCCAUUCGCAUUUCCACCGAUAAGGACAAUGUGGAUACUUUGUUCAAUCCUCGCAAGGAUUCCAAUGAUAUUCUGACCACCAGGACGCCGAUUCGCGCCUACGAGGAGGUGGAGGUCCAGGCGUAUAACAACGCCGCUUACGUUCCGGAGACCCGUUCCAUGGCCGAGACCAUUGAGGUGAACGAGGAAGCUAUUGUGCGGGCAGCGCACUUGUCUAUGGAUUCGAACCUGAUGGAUCGUCGAUUCCGGGACCUCAACGCGUUCCAGCAGUAUCCGCCUCCGAAUCCGCAGCAAAGCCGCCCGCUGAGACAAGCCUCGCAGAAUCCCAUGGAAACCAUUGUGGUGGCCACCUCGGGAUUCCCCGUACCGGACUAUUCCCCGCAGCCCAGCCCGAAUGGCAUUCUGCGCACCAACCAGUACUAGAUUAUUAAGCCCUUUGGCCCUCCUAAGCCCUCCUAUGCCCUCUUCGACACUAUAAUUCUCAAAUAUUCCCAGCUAAAGUUUAGAUCAAAUUUUAUCAGCGGGAGCAAUUUCUUCUGCUUGGUUAUUCUUAUUUAUUUGCAUGUUUAUAACAAAAUAGGUGUACAGUUGUAAAUAUAUAACGCCGUUCUAGUUCCACAGUGGAAUGGUAUUUGUUUAUA